GAUAUCGUGCAGUCGUAUAAAGCGUUAUCAACUGAUAUUUUUUCUGUGGCCACAGUCGCUUCCCCUAUUUCUAUUGUGAGAUGCUGAUGGCGGUAUGUACAACAUGAAAAGGAAUGGCACUUAGGCCAUAUUGACAUUACGAUCUUGAAAAUGUCAAAGUUCAUCCGUAGAUUCGUGCUUGGGAGGGAUGUGUUUUGUGAAAAACAGAAAUUAUUGAAUUAAAAAUGAUGUGUGAAGUGUAAUGUAGUGUUCCUACUAUUUGGAUCUGUUGAGAAUAUGUUUCAUUAUAUUGGAUGUUCGAAGUAAAUUACAAAAAUGUUGAUUAAAGAGUACCGGAUACCACUACCUCUCACUGUAGAGGAAUACAGGAUUGCACAGCUGUAUAUGAUUGCUAAAAAGAGCAGAGAGGAAAGUUCUGGUGAAGGUAGUGGUGUGGAGAUUUUAGUUAAUGAACCAUACGAAGAUGGUCCUGGCGGAAAAGGUCAGUACACUCAGAAAAUUUAUCAUGUUGGUAGCCAUUUACCCGGCUGGUUUAAAAGUUUACUUCCAAAAUCUGCCUUAACAGUUUCCGAAGAAGCUUGGAACGCUUAUCCUUAUACAAAAACCAGAUACACAUGUCCAUUUGUUGAAAAAUUUUCACUAGAAAUAGAAACUUAUUAUUAUUCUGAUAAUGGCCACCAAGAAAAUGUCUUCAAUCUAACUGGAAGUGAUUUAAAAAGUAGAAUAGUUGAUGUUAUUGAUGUUUGUAAAGAUCAGUUAUAUGGUGCUGACUACAUCAAAGAAGAGGAUCCCAAAUUAUUUCACUCACAAAAAUGUAAUAGAGGACCGCUUACUGAUAACUGGCUUGAAGAAUAUUGGAGUGAAGUACAAGGCAAGCCUCAACCCUUGCCAAAUGGAAAGUCGCUCAUGUGUGCUUAUAAACUAUGUAAAGUUGAAUUCAGAUAUUGGGGUAUGCAAACAAAAUUAGAAAAAUUUAUACAUGAUGUUGCAUUACGGAAAACCAUGCUAAGAGCUCAUCGUCAAGCAUGGGCAUGGCAAGAUGAAUGGUAUGGCCUUACAAUGGAUGAUAUAAGAGAGAUUGAGCGCCAAACACAAUUGGCUUUGCAAAAGAAAAUGGCUGGUGAUACAAGUGAUGAACAAGAUCUCUCUGAAGAGAAUUCCAAGUCUCUGGCAGCUACAAUGAGCAGUUUGGAAAAGAAUGAAGAUGUGCCGACACCAAUGGUUACAAAGAAAAACACUGAAAAAAGAAUUCAAAAGCAUCUGACACCUGAAGGAACCCCACCAUCAGAACACAAAUCGUCUAAAACUAAUCUUAGAUCAUCUUCAUCUGGGUCUAUUAAAAGUUUACAAGCACAAGCUGCUAACUGGAGAAUGGAAACUCUUGUUAGAGAAUCAGAAACAGAAACAGGUUCAGAAGAUGAGUUCUAUGACUGUGAAUCCUCAUUUAAUAAAUGGUCUUCCAUGUGUUCUCUUGAUGAAGCUGACAUUGACAUUUCACCAACUCAAGGUGAUAACAGUCAAGAAGAUAGUAUUUUUAAUCCUUCUUUCUUAAAACGUGUGACCUCUGAAAGAGGCUCGCGCAGAAUGGCUAAUCUUCAGAGCCAUCCCAGUGUUGAUGGUUGCCCAGAGACUCCUGUUCAUAGUUCAUGUCCUACUACUGUUUUGAUACUGGUUUUUCAUGCUGGAAGUGUCUUAGAUGCUAAUGUAGAUAUGACAGCCAAAAAAUCGGAUGUCACCACUUUUAAAGGAGCUUUCGAAUCAGUUAUGCGACAGCAUUAUCCGACGCUUAUUGGACACAUAGCCAUAAAACUGGUAUCAUGUCCAUCUAUUUGCACUGAAGCCUUGGGUGUAUUGUCAACACUAAGUCCCUAUAGUUUCGAUUGUUCACCAUCAACUAUUGAAUCUCCGUCAUUAACAAACGAUCUUAUACCUAUUGGUGCUAUACCAUUAAUUGCCACCACAUCUCCAGACUACGCAGAGUCCGUUACAAAAACAAUUAACUCGGCAAACACUACAUACAGUGAAUUUCUCAGAUCUGAUGAUGGAAAAGGAUUUAAUGGACAAGUGUGCAUUGUUGGUGACAGUAUGGGUUCUGUGCUAGCGUAUGAUGCGCUUAUUAGAACUUUACAAUAUCAAUCUAGGCACGACAGUGAGAACAGCAUAUUAGAUACAGAAAUAACUAUCCCAAAUGAUCCAAUGGAACCACAAUACCUCAAUAAGUCUCACUUACAAGCUCCAACUCCUAGGAGGCGCUCAUCUUCCACGAGUGACAACCACAUCAAAUUUGAAUUUGAAGUGAGCGAUUUUUUCACUUUUGGUAGCCCCUUGUCAUUAAUAUUAGCGUCAAGAAAAAUUUCUGACGACAAAUUUCGUGACAUUAUGAAGCCACCGGUACAACAAGUAUUUAACUUGUUUCAUCCAACGGAUCCUGUUGCUUCAAGGCUGGAACCACUACUCUCAGCUAGAUUCACUAAUUUACCACCAAUAAAUGUUGCCAGAUAUACACAAUAUCCUUUAGGCAAUGGUCAGCCUUACCAUUUAAUGGAAUUGAUACAAAGUCAUCCUCAAUUAUUUGGCGAUCACUUGCAAAUGCCGCCGACUCCUGUGUUAAGAAGACUUUCUGAAGCAUCUGUACAAAGUACUGUUAGCGGCCUGGUAGAUAACAUUCCAUUGAUCACUAUGAAUGCUUUGCAGCAAAAAUGGUGGGGAUCUAAAAGAUUAGACUACGCUUUGUACUGUCCUGAAGGAUUGACCAAUUUUCCAACAAACGCUUUACCUCAUCUAUUUCAUGCCAGUUAUUGGGAGAGUUCUGAUGUCAUUGCUUUUAUAUUGCGCCAAAUUGGUCAUUUUGAUUUAGCUCUCUACGGACACUCAGAUGAUAAAGAAUGUUCUAUGUUUAAACCUGGACAAGAAAGAGAAAAAUGGAUGAGAAAACGAACGUCAGUUAAAUUGAAAAAUGUUGCUGCAAACCAUAGAGCUAAUGACGUUAUCGUAAAAGAGGGAUGCCCGCAAACAUUUUCUGCCCGUUUUAUGUACGGUCCACUAGAUAUGAUAACGUUAACUGGCGAGAAAGUGGACAUUUACAUGAUGAAAGAUCCUCCAGCAGGUGAAUGGGCCAUGUUGUCGACUGUAGUAACUGACAAGACUGGAAGGAUAACAUAUACAUUACCAGAAAGGCAAAGUGUCGCUUGCGGGAUAUAUCCAGUAAGAGUAGUUGUUCGAGGUGACCACACGAUGUGUAAUUUUCACCUAGCUGUUGUACCUCCACAAACCGAAUGUGUUGUAUUCAGUAUCGAUGGAUCUUUCACGGCUAGUGUGUCAGUUACUGGCCGAGACCCGAAAGUAAGAGCUGGUGCUGUCGACGUCGUAAGAUUUUGGCAAGAUCUUGGAUAUCUCAUUUUGUAUAUAACCGGGAGACCUGACAUGCAACAAAGAAAAGUAAUAUCAUGGCUGGCUGAACACAACUUCCCACAUGGUUUAGUAUUUUUCUCUGACGGAUUUUCAACUGAUCCGUUAGGACAUAAGGCAGCACAUUUGAACAGUCUGAUAACUGAUCACGGUGUUAUUAUGCACGCGGCGUACGGGUCAGGAAAAGACAUUACUGUAUAUCAUAACUGUGGACUUUCUCCAAAGCAAAUUUAUGCUAUUGGACGAAUUAGUAAAAAGUACAGCAACAUGGCAACGACUCUGAACGACGGUUAUGCUUCACAUUUAGCUGAUCUAAAACAACCUGGAGCUUCGAGACCUGCUAGAGGAAAUGCUCGUCUUCUCGUACCCAGGCGACUGUUAGCCCCCGUGAGCGGUGGGGCCACGUCACGAGUUCGUCGUUAAUUGAGCGUAAAUUUCUAAAAUAGUUUUCCUUAAAACGCUUGAUCUUCCUCGGGUUAGACAGUGUUUGUGAUAGGAUAGUGCUUCAUGUACAAUCGUCGUAUAUUAUCAUAUUAUUUUUUUAGAAUAUUAUUCUGCCCCAAAACAUUGCUAUUGUUUUGACAGACUUCAUCUGUAUGCACAUACUUUUCCGAUUCAGGUCUGAUUAUAAUAUUCAUUCAGAUUUGUGUGAAUAUGAAGAUGUAUAAACAAGUUUUAAAAUUAGAUUAUCGGGUAUGAAGAAAACGCCCAUAAAUUGUUUGUCCGCAAACAUACGUGUAUCUAAAUGUUGAAAUAUUGUAACGACUGGUUUAAUAUUCUAACUGUAAAAACUUGUUACAUACUUCUAUUAACUGAUCAUAAUACAAAGUAAAGUAAAAGAAAAUUUAUAUUAAAUAUUAAAUUUAAUGUCGCUAGUGAGACUGGAGGAGCGGAAUCUCUGCACAGAAUUUAUCAUGCUGUGCUGUUUUCUAGUCUAUUUGCCAUUCGUAAAACUAUGCUUGCAUAUUUAUUGAAGUUGAUUUAUUCGAUAAAGUUUUAACGGUAAUUUUCUGGUCUUACACAAAUGUUUACAAUUUUGUUAGUAAUUACGUCUCGAAAACAAAAAAAAACCUGUACGCUUGUACAGUCUAGUUAAAUCAGGUGAUGUUUUGUUUAUGCAAUUUAUUCUUAUUCAUUUUGUAUCUGAGCAGUUUGUUUGUAUAGUUUUUUUAUUAGUACGAAGUUUCAGCGUGAUUGUAAACAUUUUAUGAGAUGAAUGGAUAUAUUUAUUUAUUAGCAAAUUUUUCCAUUGUUUCUGACAUUGUGGUAAUGGUACACUUAAGUAGUGUUAAGACGUUGUAUAUCGCGUGAUAUUAUAUCUUGUUAUUUAUUUAUAGUUCGGAAUAGUUUGGAGAAUAUUAUAUUGAUAUUUUAUGCAUUUGCGGUUUACAACCCGACUACGGUGCGGAGGUGGUGUUUAUUACUUGCAAUGAGAAAUGUUUACCAUUCCUUGUUUUCGGUAUAUCCCGGAUGUUCUAUUAAAGGGGAUUCGAUGACUACUAGUUAUACUGGUAGUUCCAUUUAUAUAUCACCUUUGUGUAUAAUGCCGUAGUGGGGCUGUGAUCUAUUUUAGAAUAUUGAUGUUAGCUGAAGCCUGUAAUAUUGAUCAAAUUAGACUUUAUUAUAUUUAGAAAAAGUGUGUAUGAUACAAGUCGAGGUUUUAUUUAUUUUGCACAGUCAUCUUUAAGUCUGUGCUAUUAUAUUAAAUUCCUAUUUGAAAUUUCAAUUGUGAAGUGUAAAAUGUGUCAAGUAUUUUUAUCGUUGCCACUAUUAGGCCGAUCAAUUAAAUAAUUGUUAUGAUUAUUGAGUAUCUGAAAUGAAUUAAGUGUCACAAAGAGUGUGUUUUAAAAAUAUUACUUAGUACCUAUAUUCUAAGGUUGAAAAUUAUUAAAUAACUGCGUU